UACUGUAAAGGACCCGAAACGAAGUUUCAGAAACUGCAAUAAACGUGAUGAGUGACGGAAAUGUCACCCCUUUCUGGACGUAUGAAGAUCAAUUAUCAUGGCCGGGGCGUAAGUGCACCGAAGGAGGUUACUUACAGUCCCCUAUAGACAUUCAGACAGAAAAUGUUCCAAUGGACUAUGAAAAUAAGUUCAUCAAAUAUGGAGAGCUACAGUUCAUUGGAUAUCAGAGGGUACUCUUGACGGCUGUACACAACGGACAUACCAUUCAAUUCAGUUGCGAAGGCGACAAAGACAUGCACCCACGAAUGACGGGAGGCCCACUCAUGAACAUGUACAGGCUAGAGCAAGUUCAUUUUCACUGGCUUUCGGAGCACACUAUUGAUGGAAACAAGUUCCCCAUGGAAAUCCAUUUAGUACAUGUGAGAUCGGAUCUGACCGUGAAAGAUGCGCUUAAAACCCCAGAUGGAUUGGCAAUAAUAGCUAUAUUUUGCAAAGUGAAAGUAGACUUGUCCCUGGAUCUGGACGGCUUAGUACACGACAUGAUGAACUACAUCCCUAAAUUGAAGCAAAGGGGUGACAGAAUGAGUGGCAUAUUACUCGACCUUAAAAACUUAGUACCAGCAAACUCAAAAUCAUACUACACGUACGCCGGGUCGCUCACGUCGCCAGAGUGCAACGAGGUCGUCAUAUGGAUCCUUAUGGAGACACCUAUCUAUGUCACAGAAUACCAGUACGACGAAAUAACGAAAGCUGCGGUAAGACGACACAAUACGAGACAUCUGCAACCAAUUAGCAGGCACAAAAUUUACCGGCCAUUCGUCCGGGAAUCGUUUAUGCCACAAACGCCAUACAUAUUUAAGGCCGUCGGGGAAACCUUGGAGUACUUUUACAAUUUCUUCGGUAACGUCACAAAAGCUUACCGUAUAUACAAGCAACUAAAAUAAUCAGCA